GAAAGCGUCCUGCUCUUUGACAGAAGCACUCCACCGGAGCCGUUCAUGCAGCAGUUUCUCAAACGAGCGAAGCGUUCGACACCAACAUCUUCUUCCACUUCCUCCAUCUCUACCGCCUCUUCAGAUCCACUUCCCAGAGCUUUCGAUAAUGGUGUGGGAAACAACUUUACGACUUCUUCUUGUCCUGCNUUUUUCAAGAACUUUCUUUCCAACGACGCUUUUAAUGAAUGUGUUCCGUUGUCUCUCCUUCUACAGACAUCUAAUUCUUUCUUUUCCGUCCAACGUUCGCCAGUCAGACUGGCACAGACACUCAGUGCGUCAUGCAGUGUCAAUUUUGACAGCUGUAGCACUUUGAUGGCAUCGCUGGCUCGACAGAUUCAAUCACCAGACAAUUGUGCCGCCGACCUACAGAAUCAGAAUCCCACAGUCAUACAAGCCUAUACUGGCUUUGCAGCUUACCAGGCACUGUACCAUGCUGGAUGUCUACUGAAUAGCAACACAGGCAGCUAUUGUAAGUCGAUGGUUCUCCAGUGCCGUCUCGAGCGCCUACUAACAAAGUAUCCAAGGNNCUUUUCAGACGCAGUCACGAAUGCGACUUCACCUACCGACAGUUAUGUCUAUUAUAUGGGUCUGGGCGUCUCUUUGCCUAGCACUACAGCACCUAGCUGCUCAAGCUGCUUGCAAGAAACCAUGUCUGUAUUCGCGAGUGCGGCGACAAACCGCUCUCAACCGAUCUCCAAGGUCUAUGGUACUGCGGCAGCCACGAUUGACUUGACCUGUGGCGCGCUAUUCGUCAAUGCCAGUAUACCCAUCGUUCCUUCAACCGGUACUGCUAGUGCGCUCUUCGCCAGCAGUGGGUUGGGCGGAUUGGGAGGGAUUGCUUUACUUUUAUCUCUUGUUGCAGUGCUGAUUUAG